AUGAGUACAGCGUGUAAAGUUUCUCUGGCUCUGUUGUGUUUAUUUGCUGUUCCGUCAUUCUUGGCCUUGACAGCCGUGGCAGGCAACAAAACCAAACAAACUUCGAGCAAUAUGGUGAGUAAAUUAACCUUCUGCGCGGGAUCGUCCUUGACAUAACUGGAACAAAUGAUAGCAAAAAACUUCAAGAACAGAACCUUGCAUUUUGCGUAGUCCAAUAAAUGAUCAAGAGUACUUUUCUGUGAGUAUUUAUCUAGUCUCGCUCGACGUGAAGGAAUGUCUAAAUAAUUGAUCGCGCCUUUCAAUAAUCAUGAAAAUCGUGAUAAGGUUGCAAAGCUCAGAGACCAUUUCAAUGUCCAUUCCGAUGAUUUAGAAAAACAGCAAUUCAUAAUAAAUGACGUCAACUAAUACUAAACCCGAAUAUGGGAUAGAUUCCUUUCAAAAAAAAGAAUAGUUUCCAUAGCUUUGACAAAUUCUCGCUCUUUAUCGGCACAAAUAAUUUAGAAAGAUGUUUUAGGGAACUUCCUAAAUCAUGACGUCAACUAACUUCGUGUCUCGAUCAAAUUGUAUGUCUUGACCAUAUAUCUAACGAUGCGUUAAUGUAAGUUUUCUCCACAACACUUAUAACACAAGGGGCCAAAUAGAGUUGGGAAAAGGGAGCCGAAGGGGAAAGAAUAUUUUAAGAAUAUUUGCAGACAUUAUAAAAAUAUUCGUCGGAAUUUUUCAGGGGUUUAUUUUCCGAAAGGCUUGUGGGAGAAAGGAAGGGAGUUAAAUUGUUUAAAGUGUGUCAUAAAGGCACAAGAAUUUUCUUUCUUUUAUUUUGUUUUGUUUUAUUUUUAUUUAUCUUUUUUUGUCUAGAGGUGGCUAAGCAUCGCCGAUGAGACGAAAUCACUGAGGGAGUUAUUUUGCUCAGCGCAGAAUAACACUUUUUAAAGAAACUUUUUGUUUAUCUCUCUAGCAAUCUCCUCCAUCCUGGUGUGGUGGUAUUCCAGGCAUGCACGGGUUACCAGGCCGUGACGGACGUGAUGGCCGAGAAGGAGCGAAAGGUGACCCGGGAAGCCCGGGAAAGGCUGGGCCCCAGGGACCUGCUGGUGUAAAUGGGAAAGAUGGUGCUAAAGGAGAGCCUGGUGUAAAGGGCCCACCAGGUCCAAAAGGAGAGCGUGGACAAAGUGGACAUCCUGGGAACCCAGGUCUGAUGCCUUUCAAAAACUGGAAAGAGUGUGCUUGGAAUAAUUUAAACGAUGCCAAAGACAAUGGUUUAAUAAAGGUAAAACUUAGACUUAGAAAGUUUUGUUUAAUUCUAAGUGGCUGAAUAGUCUUUUUUUUUUUUUUGCUAUCAUAGCCAAAUGAUUUGCUUUUCUACGUUUAUUUUCCACAAAUUUAGGACUGUGUCUUCACCAAGAACUUUUCUGACACAGCUCUUCGUGUGGCCUGGACUGGUGCUCUAAGAAUAUACAGGUGUACAGACUGUUGCAAACGCUGGUACUUCACUUUCAACGGCGCAGAAUGUUCAGCUCCCCUACCUAUUGACGGUAUUGUGUACAUGUGGCAGGGCAAUACACAAGAUCUUCACCGCGUCCGCCAUAUUGAGGGGCACUGUAACAACAUUCACAAAGGAAAGGUGCGCGUGGGAUUCUGGGUUGGUAAUUGCCAACAUAGAAAUCGUGGUGACGCCUACACGGGCUGGCAGUCUGUGUCCCGGAUCUUCAUUGAAGAAGUUCCUAAGGCUCAGUUCUAG